AGCCCAGGCUCGCAGGGGGGACCCCCGCACCGCCCCACUCCGUGCCCCUUUCUUGUUUUUCUGGUGCCACCACUGGCCGUUGCGUCUGCACGCAUGUGCCUGAAAAAAAACGUGCGUGAGCACAAACUUAUGAAACAAGCAGUGCGUGCACUGCAGGAGCAAGAAAGGGCAUACAAAGGCUGGAAAUUGGAGAAGCCUGCGAGGGCAUAGAGGAGCGCACAGCGGCAUGGUUUUCCGACACCCCUCCACCUCACCUCAAGCCACUCCCCCGUCGCAUCAUCCUGUGCUGCGCCAUGCUCGGCGCUCGGUUAGGACCUGUGCACACAUACAUGCCCAUGAUAGUUGAAAGGGGCGAUGAAAAGAUCCGCCGAUCCUGUCGGCGUGUAGAAGACGCUGUUCUGUUUGACUCGACGUCGUCGUCGUCGUAGUAGUCAUCAGUCGGCGGCACCGUCCGUGAGGCCUUCCCGAUGCCCGUAGCUAUGCCGCGAGCCCGGAGGCGGUGACCAGACUGCCACGAUGGACUCCCUCGCGAGUCUGGCGGGCUCCACGUCCAGCCCGCGUCCUCGCUGUCAGGGCGCGCUGCUCCGCCGAGUGGUGACGAUGUGUGAUGAUGUCAGGCGGCAGGCUGCCCGCCUGCGAGGCUGUCCUGGCAAGAAAAAUACUCAGUACAGCGUCGACGGCGAGCCGGAACGGGGCUUAAUGUGGACUCUGCUCACAUCCCCCGCCCCCCCCCAAAAGAACCUCCGCCCCCCCUUCUCAUCCGCGUGGCGCAUCUCUUGGUCCGUCUCGCCUCUUCGCUUGCUCGGAUUCGGCUCCGCAGCCACCGAGGUCCCCGCGGUAGCAGGAUGACGCGCUCGGCGACACGAGUCAUGGAAGCGCAGGCAAUUGAAACACUGUUCAUCCAGGAGCGCUGGAUGUGGGCUGCACUGCCCGAGAGCAACAGCAGCUAUCCCUUUGCAAAUGAAAAUGUACUGAGGGGCGCUCAGCAAGACCUGCGCGGACGAGGGGCGCGACCAAUGCCCGCAGCACAUGUCGCCUAGACGGCGGGCGGAUGACCAAUCCAUCUAAACAUCCAUCAAUGCAAGAGCAUGGUGAGAUUGGGCACAAAGCUGCAUUCAAACUGUUUAAGGGUACAGGCGGCUCCCUGGCUUCAGGAUCGGACCCCAUUCUGGUCGGGUUCGGUUCCAGUCUGGCUCUGGCUCCUAAAUUCAUAUCCGAUUGUAGGCCUGGAUCCGGUUCCGCCAACUCCAGGAGGAGGAGGAGGAGGAGGAGGAGGAGGGGGAGGAGGGGGCACCCGACUGCUCUAAGUCACGACGGCCCCUGGAGCCCGCGCGCCGAUCCGGCGGAGCCCAGGGCCGCUGGGCGCGGCUCCGCCCGUCGGCUCGGCCGGGGCAGAGGUCGGGCACGGGCGCGGGCCAGUCAGCUCCUGUUCGGACUCUGUGACACUUUUUGCUCCCCCGUCUGGGGCCCGCAGGAGGGCCUCUGCGACGGCGCGCGCGAAGCGGUCCCUGCCGCCAGCGCCUGCCGGCCACUCGAGCGGCCUGGGCACGCCGGCGCGGCCGAGGCCGCGCGCCGC